AUGGAUACCACCAAACCUUCCGCUACAGACUCCCCAGCAAUUUUCGUCGAUGAACCUUUGAUAGGGUACAAUAUCCAAGCUGCAGAGCAAGAAUUGGGUAUCCCUAUUCAUGAGGAUUCACGUGAUCGCAUCCCUGUGAUCGGUCCCCUUUCGACCGAUUCUAUCAUUCCUCGACCUGCAAGAGCUGGCGUUCGACCUGCCACUCGUUCGAACUCCAGACCCAAUGAAGGAGUCUAUUAUGUCCAUCGCGGAAAGAAGAUCUUCCAGCGCUUUGAUGACAUAGAAGAUGAGGGCGAGGAUGAAGAUGACCUUGGCCUUUUCGCCAACCGCCCCGAUCUAUUGGCCAAUAACCCUGACAUUCUUAAGAGCGUGAAGCCUUUGAGACGUGCUGACAUCAAACCUCGUAUAUUGUUCCCUCUCGACGUUGCGCCUACCAAUGGUGGGGAGGAGGAUGUCACCGAUGUGGAGGAUCACGACGACCACGAGCCAAUGUCUCCAACUCCAGCUAAUGAAGACGAGGCACGUCUGACUCCUCCCAUCUUGCCAGAUCCAGCUACCUCCGAAUCUGAGAGCUUGUCUUUCACGCCCUGUGCCCCCGUCGGAUAUCCUGGCAUCGUCACUCAAUCUGCCCCCGUCAAACAUGCUGGUCUCCACUUCACUCGCUCUACCCCCAUCGAGCAUACUGGCCGCCACUUCACUCGCUCUACUGUGGGCAAUGUGCCGCCAUUCCAGCCCGAUUCUUUCUCCGAGGAUCUUGGUUUCGACACUCCCGCCGAUGACCAGACUCGGUCCCGAGGUCUCUCCACCAGCAGUGGCAGCAGCCUCUUGAAGUACUGGCCGCCUGUCAGCAGAAAGGCACGAGGACCCGAAGCUCCUGCCGACCGUGUGAAGCGCCUCCGUGAGGCCCGUGGUAGCCCUGCCCCACGCACUCGACGGGCCGUGCGCGCUGAAGCCUCUGGAGAGAGCUCGACCGCUAAGCCAUCUACAUCCGAUUCCUAG